AUGGCAGGUCCUACAAAGCCCACAUCUAAGACAUACGUUUCUCUUUCACCUCCCAAGGUGUCUGGCCAGCAAGAGCCACGAGAAAGUCCUCCCUCAGAUACCAAUGCUUCAGCCGGUUCCGCACACUCUAGACCGGCGCCAACCCCUAAUUUCUCCUUUGAUAGGGACACGACACCAUCGACAGACUCUCUGGAGCUAGAUACCUUGUUGCUGCCACAAGAACAAUUUGAUAGCAAUUUAGCACAAGAGACUCAGACGUUUGGGAACUAUGAAGAGCAGAACACACCACCAGUUCCUGAUAGAUCUCCCGAACGGCCCUUUCCCUACCACCGUACAGUGAGCCCAGUGAGCUCCAACAGCGGCACAUAUCCACCAGCUGUAGUAGAGCCGGACUCGGACUCUUCUCCAGAUCUCAAUAAACCGCCCUCUCCACCCCGUUGGCUCUAUCACGAUACUCAGAACCCCGCCACUAUAGCCAUAACAACACAGCAAAGUGAGUUACCCGAAUCAACUUAUCAAGCUACAGAACUUCAGAUCCUGAAACCCGUUGUUCGUGGCUCGCACCUUUCGACAAUCGUCCCACCACCUCUUUUCUCCGUCAAGACGGCUCUCAGUCCAAUUCAAGAGCAUGGAACCCAAGAAACGACCAUAACUUCUACACAAUCCUCCAGCCCGGUUUUGACUGACCCAGUCGAAGCCUCCGCUCCCGCCCCGCGUCUGGCUGUCCCGUCACAAAAUACUACACCGUCGGCUGGUACGCCGUCCGGCGAUGUCUAUUUCAGCCCAUCAGACAUUGGGUACGCAUCUUCAGAAUCUUUAAGCUCGAGCAGAGGAGGCGGGUUCAGAGCGCCAGAUUCGUCUGGCAAACAGCGAAUCCAGGAGAUACUGCAGUUGAAUCCCGAGCAGGAACGCAGCCGUAGGAUUCUGGAUGGGCUCUCCGUCAGCAAUGCGUCGACCAGCAGUUUUGACCCGAUGACGGUCUACCAGCAGAUCGUACGCGCUGCGCAUCAGCAGCCAGGCCAUGAAGACUAUCAUCUGCGGACACCGUCCGAGGAGGCGCUGCAUACACUGAAGAAGAAGGAGGCCGCAGAACGAGCUUGGAGAUUUGAACACGCCAGGAUAGAGGGCCAGAAGGAAGAGGCCCGGAAGUAUCAAGAGGAGCUGGCAGGUGCUGCCGCGACAGACGAACUCCUUUGGCGCAGCUACGUCCCUACGACAGCAGCGAAUUCGACGUGGAAUUUAGCGGAGGAGGGUGUCACGAAGACGCCCGAACGGCCUCGUUUCCUCGCGAGUGCUCCAGACCUUCAUAAUGAGCCACGUCCCAGCUUCGAGCCAUCAACACCAGUCCUUGAGACGCUAUCAAUGGACGAGACCUGGGGUGCGGCGGCUGCGGAAGAGAGGAGAAGAAUUGAGGAGAUGCAAAGCCCAGGGCAAGCCAGACGGCGCCGCUGGCAUAUCCGUAGCGGAUAUCACACGUCGUUGCACAGGUGGCGAUUGAAAGAGCGUGUGGAAAGUGCAGUUUCUCUUGUGCGCAACCGGGUGGAAAGUGCGGCUAGGAGGGUACGUAUAGGAGUCCGGUUUGCAGUGAAGCGUCAUUUCAUGCGUAGCCAUUAG